AUGCAUCAAUCCACAGCUUUAGAAAAACCGACAGCUGCAUCUACACACACAUCAAUAGCUCAGUCAGCUUCUGUUCCAUUGCCUACAAUGGCAAUGAUAAAUGAUGCUAUUUCAUCACCACCAGCAGAGUUGAGCAGAGCUUCAACCUCAACAAAUGCUAUUGGAAUGGGUCUAGUGCCGCAAAACGAUAUAUCUGUUCCACAUUUCACAACAGCUUCAUCAUUAUUGCAGCAGCAUAAUUCUCCGUUGAACAAACGAAACUUUAAUAUAGUAAAAGAAAUAUCUAAGGAAGACAUUAAUAUGUCGAACAACUCUCAAGCGUGUAAUAUACUUCAAUCAAUACUGGAUACUCCGAUGAUAUUACAUACGGCUGCGUUUGAAGGGUUCAAUGAUUCUUUUCAAAAAAGCGUUGUUAACCAGCAAGUUCUCAAACAAGCCACACUGGAAACUUUUAACGAUGAAACAUCUGUUGUACAUAAAGAUCUGUUAGCAAGGAAUUAUAUGCUCUCUUGCAUGUAUUCUCAAACUCCACACAUGCUUAUGACUAAUAUUGAUCAAGGAAAGGCUCAUGAUAACAUUAAUCCUCUGAAUUUGAUUCAGUCCACAUUAUUCAAUAAGCCUUCUACAUCCGAGUUCGAACCAUCAUACGGGUCUCAGGAGGAAGUAGCUAAUAUACCCUCUGUAAAAUUAGAGAAUAGUUCAACAAUAUCGAGAUCUAUAUCUCCAGUUAGUUCACUCUCAGUUUCUCCUGAGAAUACUUUCAAUUCCACUGCACUGGAACAGGCUACGAGAGAAAAAGAGAAAACUUCCGCUAAGGACACUGAAACGGAAGUUGCUGAAGCGGAAAACAACACACCAACGACUGAGAGCAAGAAAAACGCUUUUGCUGGAGAGGAGGAGCAGGAUCAAGAUUUAGAUAGUAUUCUCGGUUUUGUGUCUGAGAAAAAUGUGGCGAAGUCAACAAACUCCAUUUUCGAUUUCCCAGGAAUGGAUAAUGGUAAUGAUAUGCAGUUCACACCUCCUGACUCUCCGGAAGCAUCAAUACCAUCGGUAGAAAAUGAAGUAUCUCAACCUAAGGGUGAUGCUUCUGAAAAAAGCGUUAGCUCUUUACCAACACCUGCUGUUCCUGAACCAGUAGCCUCCACGAUAUUCCCAUCAUCGGUUCCAAACAUACUCCCUUUCAACGCAUUAACUCCUCAAAUGAUUGAAGCUUUGAGAAUAAGUCAAUUACAUGCGGCAAACUUGGCAAAAGGAUUCAAUAAUAUACCAUCGAUAAUGCUACACGAACAGCUUUUUCAUCAUGAGCAAAUGUUGAUAUCGGCUGCAGCCGCUUUAGCUGCAGCAGAAGCUGUAUCAGCAGUGCCUUCGGUAUUAUCGAACACCUCGGUUGCGUUGAAUAAUAAACAAGAAACUAAGUCUAUCAAAGAAGAAGUUAUCGACUCACCUCCUACUGAUGUGAAAACUUGCAUUUCACCGAUGCCAAAACUGGAUGUUAAAGAGAUAGAUGAGUUGGACGAUCCGAUCAACAUAGUGUAUGGGCAUGAUCCUGAUUCGCCGCCUCCAGAAAAAGAUUUGAUUACUUUGAGACCCAUCUCAAAAAGCACUAAAGUACCAAUUUAUAAACAGAACAAAACUUCGGCACCAACAACGCCAUUAGCUGUGACUGUUGAUGCAUUUGAACAAAUCGAAAAUGAGGAGAAAGAGCUGGAAGACAACGAGGAUGAAUACAAGUUUGAAGAAGAUGAUGAAGAAAUUGGUUUUCAAGAAAUGAAAGAAAAAAUCCAGCAUGAAGAAGUGCCAAAAAUCGCUCGAGCAGUUGGAGCUGCAACAGAUCCGAAUGCACCCAACUGCUAUAUUCCGGGUGUUGGGUUUGCCGCUUCAUCAGAAAAACCGGAAAAUUGGCGAGCAAAUAAGAAAAAAGGUCUUGAUGGUGCAAAGUGUACUCUCGGUGACACUUCGCAUGAUGACACUGAAUCAGAAACUUCAUCAAUACAUUCGGAGAUGAUAACAAUCGCGGAGACUAUCAGAAGACGAAAACAAGAGAGAUUCUUGUCUUCGUUCAUUCAUGCUGAAUCGUUAAGUGAUACAGACUGUGCGAAGGAUGUCAAGAUCGAACUCAAAGACGAUUCAACCAUUUCGAACAACUUGAAAGUUCCCAAGCUUAUCAUUCGUUUACCUAAAAAGGUUCUCACUGAAUGCAAUCAAGAGAGAAAAAAAAAAAAAAAGAAGAGAAAACGUCAUUAUGAUGAGGAUAGUGAUUGGGAGGAGAAAAACAAUCUGGGCCAUCGGAUUGGUCGUCAUUCAUCUCGAAAAAGUUCAUCAGUUGAUUUGAUGAAAAGAAAAAAAGAUAAUACUCAAGACGAUCAAGAAUGCCAUCUAAACAGCAAGAAGAAACGUCUUACAAGACAUAUGAUGAAUGAUGAUCCAGAAAACAGCCAGUUCUUAGAUGAUAACAUGUUGAGCUUGGAAACAAUUCGGGAGAUGAAUGAAAAUUUUUUCAAUCAAUCGAAGCAGAAGUUAAACAAAUUUGGUUCAGCCUGUGGAGUCUUACCUAAAGGCACAUUUGUGGUGAACAAAACUGAUUUAUCAAGAGAUGAUUGUGCUCUUUGGAAGGUUGAUAAUCAAAAUUUGUUACAAAAAUUUCCGCCAAGGAUAGAUCCAGUGACACAAAAUGUUCAUUACAAAAACAGUAGUACGUAUUCGGGAUGGUGUGAGCAAAUUUCUAUUGGAUAUUACCGAGUGUCUGUUCGAAUCUUGAAGCAAUCGAGAAGUGAAGCAAUAAUAGAGCCGGAAGUACCACUUGCUGAGCUGUUUCCUGCUUUAUCAAAUGAAAUGACGGACACGAAUGUGACUAUUGAAGACUCUGAUCCAUAUGACGAUGAACCCGUUGUCUCUCAACAAGGAUUAGCAGAAUCUCUAUGCACAUUCACUCUUGCCAUGCUUGAACAAGCCUUCACAAUGGAGUAUUUCCAAUCAGCCAAAAUUAAAAAUGGUAUGUAUCGCUUUUCUGAACAUUUGUCCUAUAUUUACAUUUUCAAGACUGGGGUUUCUUAA